UGAGAAAAAUAGUCGACGUGCCCGUACGUAAUGACGACACAAGAAAACUGCGGCCCGCGAUUGCAGCAGCGCCUUGUCAGCGUGACGAAGAUUGGCACCCAGGACUAUAGGUGUCCUGGACUGGCAUGAGAGAGAGUUGGCAUCGCUGGAGACACUGAGAUGGCAGAGCAACUGGUUGCUAUGGAGGACUACCCCCAGGUCGACCAGAUCCUAGUCAUGGGUGUGGGAGAAGAGAUGGAAGGGCAGGAGGAGAGGAGUGUGGCGGAGGAGAGGACAGAAGGAGCAGAAGGAAUCUCCUCCUCCCCUCACACCCAGACCCCCAUGGAAGCGGACAAAUCAAACAUCUACAGACACCCCCUGUUCCCCCUCUUGGCUCUCAUGUUUGAGAAGUGUGAGCAGUCCACUCAGACGCCAGAGUGUGUAAGCUCCGCCUCCCUUCGCACCGACCUCGACAACUUCCUGAUCAGUCACAGGAAGGAGAGCUCCACCGCCAACAGCCUGGACCCUGACACCGACACCCUGAUGGUGGGGGCUCUGCAGGUGUUGCGUAUCCACCUGCUGGAGCUGGAGAAGGUCAGUGACCUGUGUAAGGACUUUUGCUCGCGCUACAUCGCCUGCCUGAGGACCAAGAUGAACUCUGACACCCUGCUGGGGGCGGAGCCGGACAAUCCAGACUCUCCUGGACACACACAGAACACCAGCCCUAGUUCAGGAACCCUCAGUCCACAUGGCAUCAUGGUCCCAGCCUCGGCCCUGCAGCAUGGCAACUUCACCGUGGCGACAGUCAACCCCACCCAGAUGGUUACAGCAGGUGGAACAGUGUACCAGCCCAUCACAGUGGUCACCCCUCAGGGUCAGGUGCUGGCGCAAGGCCUCUCCCCCGGAACCUUGCGCUUCCAGAAAACACAGCUGCAGGUGCAGCUGAGCCAGGACCUGAGUUUCUACCCCCAGCAGCAACAGCAUGAGGAGGAGAGCAGCCGGAGCAAGAGAGGAGUUCUACCCAAGCAGGCCACCAACGUCAUGAGGUCUUGGCUCUUCCAGCACAUCGCUCAUCCUUACCCAACAGAGGAAGAGAAGAAGCAGAUAGCUAUCCAGACCAACCUCUCCCUCCUACAGGUCAACAACUGGUUCAUCAAUGCCAGGAGGCGGAUCCUCCAGCCCAUGAUUGACAGCAGCUCCUCUGACACACCCAAGAGCAGAAAACGGGCCAAUCAGAGCCGGCCAACACAGCGCUUCUGGCCUGACUCCAUCGCCACAGCAACUGGUCUCCCCCAGGCGAUGGAGGAACAGGAUGACAACGUUGCCAUGGUAACGAUGGGUGUGAGCGUGGAGGAGCUGCAGAGCCUCUCGUCGGACGGCGCCACACUCGCCAUGCAGCAAGUCAUGCUGGGAACUCACAGUGAGGAAGAGGAGGAUGAUGAUGAUGAAGAGGAGGAGGAGGAGGGAGGCAUAGCUGGACUGGGCUGAUGGGAUCUCUCGAAUUCUGUCCUACUGUCGCUCUCCCACUUUCUCUCUCUCUCUCUCUCUCUCUUGCUCUCUGACCCUCUCGCUCUCUCUCACCCUUUUUCUCCUGCAUGCCUGUUUGAACGAUGUGUUUACCUUCUUCACACAGUCCCAGACUGUCCUAACACCUACACUAGCUGACUAUCUAGUACACACCAGAUAUUUACACUAGCUGACUAUCUAGUACACACCUAACACCUACACUAGCUGACUAUGUAGUACACAUCAGACAUUUAUACUAGCUGACUAUCUAGUAGUACACACUUGACAUUUACACUAGCUGACUAUCUAGUACACACCAGACAUUUAUACUAGCUGACUAUCUAGUACACACCAGACAUGUAUACUAGCCACCUAGUUCAGAGCAGUGCUGGUGUGAGGGGUUGGGACAGAUCAGACUGGGUUGCAUAUUUUUAUAUCUCAGACUUGGCAGGAACUUGUUUAUAGUUUCUCUGUUUGCAUUUCAUCAUGGCCCCUUUGUCUCUGCUGGAUUUAUCAAAUAAUAAAAUAACAAUGUUUGUCUGA